AUGUCUAAAUCACCCUCCAAAUGCUCUCCUCCAUGGCUGGUCCUUGGUCUUGUAUCCAACCAUCUUGACCCUAAAACCCUAGCGAUGGCUUCUUGUGUCUGCAAGUCAUGGUCCGUUUCUAUGUCCUCAGACCACCUUUGGCAACGCAUUUGUUCCACCCAUUACCCUUCUCUAUCCAACCUCCGAGCAGCCAACCCCGCCGUGUCCUACCGCCGGAUAUACGCUCUCGGGUGCAUGUCGGUGAAGCGCAGGCUUCGGAAGGCCCCGAAACCCCGCCUUUCCCUCGACAACCUCGUGUUCGCCGUCGACGUACGCAACGCCGGCAAUACACCCAUUUUCGCUGUCUUGAAAUUUGGAGGCGAACUCGAUAUCGAUCCAAGCGGGGUUUUUCGGUUCCAUAUCGAUGUUAAAAAGGAGAGUUUGUUGGUGUUUGAUGGGUUAAGUAAUUUGAGGCUGUCAUGGAAUGUGGUGUUGAAAGGGUUUCAAGGGGCUUUUUCCAUGAUGGAUUGUGAAGGCAGAGGAACCUGUGUUCCAGGAACUGAAGGGUGGUUCUCCGAGGAGCUUCCGUCGCCGGGGUGUUGUUCUGGUGGUGGUGCUGCAAGUGGGUUGGUGGCGGAUUUAAGGUUGUGGUUACGUGCGACUGGGGAGAAGAUGGUGGUGGAGAAGGUAAGUGUUGGGGUGUUGAGUAUGGUCAGUUGGAGAUAUGUGCGUGUGGAUGAUGCUCUUAGGUAUUUGCAACAUUUUCUCUUACCAUGUGCUAUGGCGCCAAAGAAGACCUCUUCGCCUCCCUCACCAAUCCCAAUCGGAAAUUGCCAAGUCGUUGUCGAAGCGAAGAACUUCACAUAUCAAUCUGAACAAAACAGCCUCCAAAUUACUCUUUCCAAAACCACCAAAAUCAAAAUCUCAGUGGAGGAGAACAAGCAGAAAGUGGAGUGUACUGAUCUUCGGCAUUACGAGUUUGAGAAAAGUGGUGAUUGCUGUUUUGUGCUCGUUAGUCCCAAAGAUGAGGAUGAACAAACCAAGUCUCUGCUUAAGGAAAUAUUGAAAAUGUACAGGAAAGAACUACCCGCAAUGAAUUAUGCCGCGAAUACUGGAAAGGAAUCAAUGUUCCUUGAAAGAUGUGUAUCUAAUGGGAAGUACUGCACAUUACUUUUGAGAUCCAAAUCUGAGGAAGGUCCUGGGGAGGUCAUCUCAGCAAUUACUUAUCAAAUAAUCCCCGCUGAUACACAGAUUGCUGAGGUUCCUCUUGCUGCUGUUAGUUCAGUAUCCCAACACAAGGGAAUUGGCCACCUAUUGUACAUGGAAUUGAGAAGGAGAUUGCAGAGUGUUGGAGUUCGCACUAUAUUUUGUUGGGGAGAUAAGGAAUCUGAAGGAUUUUGGCUUAAACAGGGUUUUGUGUCAAUCGGUGAGGUAGACACCAAGGGCAGAGCUCGCAGGCUGCCUAUCAAGGCCGAUGUUCGCAGGGCAUUAUGCUUUCCUGGUGGAUCGACUCUCAUGGUUUCUCAUCUUAACAAGGAAACUUCAGCUUAUCCUGCAGAGCCUCUAAAUCUAUCUUUUCCAGUCAAGCCUAAUGAAAAGUAUUCGACAUCUGCUAACCUUCAAAAACAAGGGCUAGGGUGUGUAGCGGAGAGCCAUGAUCCCACUGCAGCGCACAUGACUGCCAUAUCUGAGAAUUCUCAAUCUGAAGAAUUGGCGAAAGGUUGCCAAGUACUGGUUCCUUUAGAGGGUUGCGGUUGCAGCAAUUGGGCUAACAACUUAGAAUUAAGCAUAGCUGGAGCUGAAGAUGACGUAAAGCAGUGUUCUUCUUCUGCACUUGGUACAAAGAAGAGGGUUUGGGAAGCCUCUUAUACUUCGUUGAAGUCGAAAAAAGUUAAGGGAUGUCAUCUGAUUGAUUGCCAAUUAGACAAGAGGAAUUCUCUUUCAGUGAGUGAUGGAAGAAAUGACUGUAGUUUUGAUGGAAGCUUCUUAGCCAGAAACAAAUCUUUGAUGGACAUUACUCCUAGAGAUCCCUUAUCGAUUACUUAUUUGGAAAAGAAUGCCGAAAAACAUAAAGCUGUUGAUAUCACGUCAGAAGAUCAUGCCAGGACGGAACUUCUGUUACACAAAGAUUACUAUAGAGUUAUGCUGAUGAAUAUUGCUGAUAAUGCUAAAAAAUCAAAUCUCACCAAGAUAAUUGAAGAUCUAGGUGGGGCUGUCACUUGUGAUGGAAGUCUAAGCACACAUGUAGUCACCGGGAAAGUCAGAAUUACUUUGAAUUUCUGCACUGCUCUCUGUUCUGGAGCUUGGAUAAUCUCACCCAAGUGGUUAAAAGAAAGCUUCCGGAAACGCAGAUUUGUGGCUGAAGCACCUUAUAUUUUGGAAGAUAAAGAAUAUGAGUUGAAGUACAGGACAGAACUAAAAGAUGUUAUUCGUAAAACAUUUUAUCAUCGUCAAGCACUGUUUAAAGGUUAUGACAUAUGUCUUGCUGCUCACGUCCACCCCCCAGUCAGUACUCUAUCAGCCAUUGCCAGGUCUGCUGGUGGAAAUGUUAUUUGUGGACUGGACAAAGUGCAUGAAACAUCGAAAACCAUCUUUGUGGCGUGUGAAGAGGACAUGGAGGAAGCACUCUCAGCUGUAAAGAAGGGAAUAUGGACUUUCAGUAGUGACUGGUUCAUGACCUGUGUCAUGAGACAAGAACUUGACCUGGAGGCUCCCCAGUUUGCAGAGUUUCUUUAA